GCCCACCACAUGAACUGGGUAGACUUUUUCAAGUUGCGCAAAGAGAGCAAAAGAAUUAGUAUUGUGGCGUCCUCUUUGACAAGUGUGGCGGGUGCUUUUGCCACGUUGACGUAUUUGGGAAAUGUGGAAAUUGACGUGGAGAAGCCAAUAAUGGGAAUCGACCCAUUUAUGGUGAUGGGCGGAGUGGUUAUCAUUGGUGGUGUGGCCGGAUAUCUUGCAGGCCCAUCUAUUGGUGUGCGUGUGUUCAACAUGAAAAACAGUAAAAAAUUGCCUGAGUUCAUGGUCAAGGAACAAAACUUUUUGCAAAGAGUGCAAAGAAACAGAGUGGACCCAUCGUCGCAGUCGUUUUCCAACCCAGUGCCCGAUUAUUAUGGAGAGAGAAUCUACUCCUUGGAUAACUACAAGCAGUGGUUGAGAGACUGCAACGCGUUCAGAAGAAAGACCCAGGAAUUCCUUUGAUUCCAUGUACAUAGAGCAUAGUGACUGAUGAAAAGUUUAGAGUCCAAUGAUCGCAAAACAAUCUUCAUUUGUGGGCCGAUUUUUAUGUAAGGAAUAUAUGUUCCACUUAUGUUUGCAUGCUAAAACACUGUUAUGAUUGACGCUGCUUUGAAUUUUACCGUUGGACGUGCAGCUGGAUCUAAUGUGUGUAUUUCGGCCUCCCAGGGCUUGUGAUCAUAAGUUUAAAAGGAAUGAAUUCCAAUACUCAUACUAGCUGAAUCGGAGGAUACAAACAAAAGGAGGCAAAAUCAUUUUCGAAAGAUCUGACAAAAAUAAUUUGGUACACACCGCCAUGAUCUGAA